AAUGCCAUACCUUGUUUCAGUGUGAUGGUAUUCACAAGAAAAACCGCUAAGAUGCAACCUUUUCCGUUCCCUGCUCUCCGUGCGACCCUGGGGCUGCCCACCGCCGUCUGCCUCCCGGCUCAUUGUUUGCCCAGCCAAUACAUUAGUGCAGACGCGCGUCACCUUGAUCGACGAGCGCUUGGAAUUUAAAUACCCUCUCAAGCACCAAUCUGUCACCGCGAAAGGGGAACGGGACAAGUACCUGACUGGCUGACCCCAGGCCACGUGACAGCAAGCGUUUAUUGAUAUCGGCACAUGCACCCCCUCCCUUUUUUGUGAUCGGGAAAGAGUUUCCCAUAGGUAAACGUUGGCACGGUCACUCAGGGUAAAAGGGAGAUUCGUCACCACCUGUCUCCUCGCGCACCUUCCCUCAGUCCGAUUAAAACAAUGCGACAAUGAGCACCUUCUUAGAUUACUCAGUGAUGAGCGGAGAGGGCGGCUCGUGCUCGGUCAGGGCAUUCCACGCUGACCAUGGGAUUACAACUUUUCAGUCCUGUGCUGUUGCCCUGAACAACUGCGGGGCGGAUGACCGCUUCACGUCAAACAGGGCUUCCCCAGACAACGCUUCCCACCAAGCAGGGUCAUACCAGUCGUCACCGGGGUCUCUUGGUUUGGCUUAUGGGGCCCAUCCGGCGUGUAGCUAUGGGCCCCAAAACUUCUGCGCAACCUAUAACCAUUACACGCUCAACCAGGAAGUUGAGUCAGCAACAGGGUUCUCUUCGUGCGGCCCCUUGAUGUACUCUGGGAAUAUCUCCGCCUCCAUGGUGUCUCAGCAUCGUCAAGGUUACGGGGCUGCAGGCUUGGGCCAACUUCAGUACGCCCAAGCCACCUACGGCGGCGGCCACGAGCAGGGCAGCCUAAACCACUUCGCCGGGUGUUCGAGCUCUCUAUCGCCGCUGCACACGGGUCACCUUGAGGCAUGCUGCUCACCCCUGUCCGAAGGCGCGUCUUCCGCGCAGACGUUCGACUGGAUGAAAGUCAAACGGAAUCCUCCUAAAACAGGUAGGUCAGGCGAGUACGGCUAUGGCGGACAACCGAACACAGUCCGGACCAACUUCACCACGAAGCAGCUGACGGAACUGGAGAAAGAGUUCCACUUCAAUAAGUACCUGACCCGGGCGAGGCGCGUGGAGAUAGCGGCCGCGCUACAGCUGAACGAGACGCAAGUGAAAAUAUGGUUCCAGAACCGCAGGAUGAAACAGAAGAAGCGUGAGAAGGAAGGACUGUUGCCGGCUAAAGCUCCUCCCAUCGGCCCGGGAGACAGUCAGGACAAAACAGACGACGCAUCAUCUGAGAAGUCUCUCUCGGCACCGUCCACUCCAUCCCCUACGCCCUCCGCUGGGACGGAUCCUUACGUGUCCAACUGAACAAACAGUUCAAGCCACUGUUUUAAAGCAGGACUACCGAAGUUGCAUUUCCAAGGUGUGAUGGAGGACAUUUGGAAACGCGCGACUAGUUUAAAUAGGGUUGAAUUCAUGCACAUGGACACAGUCACACUGACAAUAAUGUCGGCUGUUCCGUUGUUUGACUUCUUCAAAAUGUGUUUUCAGUGUUUGGAAAACCAAAGCAUUUAGAUGACCAAACUUGGGUUUGGCCGCCCAUUAGGUGAUAUAUUUCUGAAAUGCUGUGAAUGUGCCAACGUAUCCGUGGUCUUUGAAUGUUCCACUAUGUGCAAAGGAAACAAAUACCUCAUGUGUGCCAAAGUUGUAAAUCAAAGACAAAGUGAUUGCACUUGAUGUCAUGAUCACAAUCAAAGAGACGAGACCUCGUGCAGGCCUAUAUUGUUUUGCUGUUCUAUGUUCUUAUUGAGUGUUAACAAUCUGUCACCCUGUUGUGUCUGAUUUAUGUGUAUCUAUGUCGCGAAUACCAAUCUGGAUUGAUCACGUGCGAUAUUUGCAUGAUGCGUACACCGCUUUUGAAUGGGACUCUAGACGCUGAGUUUUAUCAGUUUAUGGUAUGUUACGUCUCAUUUACUUUUCUUUCGUAUUGUCGGGGCAAGGUUUACGGGUCAAACC